AUGGUAACAGUGCAAACACAGCCAACUGGAAAUGUUUGGUCAUUCGAGAAUGAAUGGAAUACCGCUGUAUGUGGUUGUUGUUAUGAUGUUGGAACGUGUUGCUAUGCUCAUUGGUGCUUUCCAUGUUUUAUGUGUAGAUUGCAUUCACGUACGAAUGAGUGCCUAUGUACAUGGUGUUUACCCGGAGGAAAUACUGGUUUAAGAACGAAAAUUCGAACAGGAUUUCGAAUUCAAGGAGGAGUGGGUGGUGAUGCACUCAUCAUGUGUUGUCUUCCGUGUUGUGGAGCGAUACAAAUGUAUAAUGAACUCGAUUUUCAAGGCCUGUGA